AUGGCUUCCUCGGUCUUGAUCACAACGGCCUCCCUCGUGCUCUUGGCCCUCCUCAUGGUCCACAUCGCUUCAUUCACCGGCCCGGCAGGCGUGACCGAGAGGGUGCACAACACCAUCGACGGCGGCGUCUUCUCCAUGCGCGGGGUAGAGGUUCCUCUGCCGUCGUCGUUUACCGGCAUUCCUGCUAUCGACGGAUGGCUGAGCAUCGUCGUCGUCGUCUUCUCCCAGCUGCAAUUGUACCCUGCCGAUCCGCCGGCUUACUGGCAGUCGCUCGUCUUUCUGACUGAGCUGGCGGGCGUAUAUGCCAUCUUCCUGGCCGAGUCAUGCCGGGAUGUAAAUCGGAGUACCGUCCUGAGAUGGUGA